AUGACGAGUAAUAGCAGCAACGAUUCAAUUUCAACUAAUGGCAAUUCUUCGGAUAUACCUGAUUUUUCAAGAAGUUCCGUACCUGAUUACAUCCAACUACCACUUUUUUUAUUGACCAUUAUUCUUGCAUGUUUAUAUACAAUUCUCAUACUCAUUCGACGAACAUUUCGUAGCAAUAAACUCAAUUGGUUUACCAUCAAUGUAUGUGUCAUGAGUGCAUUACUUAGUCUUAUUAUGUUAAUGAUGACUACCAAACGAUUACUGAAUGUAUCAAGUAGUCUCCCGUGUCGUGUUGAAGGAUUUUUCCUAGAUAUGGGUGCAUGUCAAUUAAUGUAUUCACAUUGUGUGGUUGCUGUCAGUCGAUUCCUCACAAUUGUUUAUGCAAAUAAACAUAUUUUUCGUUCAACUCUGUGUUUAUGGAGUUGUAUGGGUAUUGGUUGGCUUAUUUCAAUCCUUAUUGCUAUACCUUAUCUCUUACUAGAUGGUUUCGCAUGUUCAAAUUCGACAGAAGGAACUUUCUUGUCCUACUACACUCUCAUUGGUACUCUUGUCUUGCCAGCUAUAAUUGUUGGCAUAUGUAAUGGUCGUAUUUUACACUACGUGCGUAAUUCCAGUCGUCAAGUACAUGUGGAAGGCAAUCGUAGUAGAGUAUCACAUGCACGAGAUGUUCGUUUGAUUAAGAUAAUGAUUGGUACUUUUAUCACUUUCUUCACAGGAUGGGCUCCUGUUUUUUUAACGCAACUAUUUGGCAAGAAUAAUGUUAUUCCUUCAAUUCUUGAAAUAUUUUUUCAGAUACUCCCAUCACUCACUGUACUGUUUGACGUUAUUUUCUUGAUAUAUACCAAUCAACCAGUGCGUCUUUUUCUUAAACAAGUAUUUGUUCGACAUCCUCAACAUUUACAAGAUAAACUUGUUCGAGCCGUACCUCAAAAUAUUUAUAAUAUUCAGAAUCAUUAA